AAAUAUGUAUAGAAGAUUGACGAUUGUUGGUAAAACAGUGCUGUCAAAUUUUCUAACCUUUAACACGUGUGUUUUUCUUCUUUUGUUGAUAUUUUUCUCUGCUGUUUAUUUUGAUAUUUUAAUAAAAUGUCUUCAAUUAAGAUUGAAUUCGCAGUGCAAAUGACGUGUCAAAAUUGCGUAAAUACGAUAAAAAAUACAUUAUCCAAUGUCAAUGGUAUUCAAAAUGUUGAUAUUUCUUUGGAACGAGGAACUGUUGUUGUUGAUUCAGAACUUCCUUAUUCUUUAAUUCAGGAAAAAAUUGAGAGUACGGGAAAAAAAGCCGUUUUUAAAGGUUACGGAGGCUCUGAAUCGUAUAGCGCUGUUUCGAUGUUGGGCGGAAAUUCUGGUUACAGUUUCGGUGAAUCAGCGAAAGGUGUUAUUAGAUUCGCGCAAAUUGAUAAAGGUUGUAUAAUUGAUGGCACAAUCGAUGGUUUGUCACCAGGUGCUCAUGGUUUACAUAUCCACGAAUGUGGUGACAUUUCCCGAGGUUGUGAGAGCGUUGGCGAUCAUUUUAAUCCACAUAAUUCACCUCACGGUGGACCAGAUGACGAGUCUUCGAAAAGACACAUGGGAGAUUUGGGAAAUAUUAUUGCCGACGAUUCUGGACGCGUGAGAUUUCGAAUUCUCGAUCAUUUAUUGAAUGUUCCGGAAAUAAUUGGACGAUCUUUGGUUAUCACGGAAAAAGCCGAUGAUUUUGGAAAAGGCGACAGUCCAACUUCGAAAAUUGAUGGAAACAGCGGAAACAAACUUGUUUGCGGAAUAAUUGCAAGAUCUUCGGGAUUAUUUCAAAAUACAAAACAAAUAUGCGCCUGUGACGGUCUCACACUUUGGGAUGAGAGAAAUCGAAGUAUCGAUGAUCAAAAAACAAAUUCGAAAAAUCCUUGACAAUUUGGAGACUAAAUUAAUCGAUAAGAAACAAAUUAACCCAGUGAAGAGCAUUCCUGAGCAUGAGAAAUACAAAUAUUUUUUUUAUUUACAUUUCAAAAAAUAUCUAGUAAAAAAAAUUAUUUUUGUAUAUUUUUUUAUAGUUAACUUUCUAUUUCUCAAAAUAUAUAUAUUUUUGUAAUUUACAAUUUUCUAAUAUCAAUUUUUAAUAUUAUCAAUAAUUAUCAAUUUUAAGUAAAUUUUUUGUGGAAUUUUUCAAAAUAUUUCUGUUUAAAUUAAAAUAAAAAAGAUUAAAUUCUA